ACAAUCGCCGGGACCACAAUAGCUCAUUUCUCUGGAUUGAGGAUUCUAACUAUAUCCACAUCCUCCAAUAGUCCAAUCCCAUCCAAUCUUCUAUCUCUUGCUCAAUCAACUGAGUUUAGGACUUUGAACGAACUGAAAAGAGUCUAACAUACUUAACUGUCAAGCUCAUGUAUUUUUGUCCCUUGUCUGUCCGAUUUAAGCAAUUUUUAUCUUAUUGAAUUCUCCCUCUGCAAUGCCAGGAACAAUCCUGGUCUCAGUCCUGGAAUUCAUGGGUCUUCCGUUAUCUUCAACAUCCAUAAAGGUUUCCAUGGGGAAAACAGAGUCCCUCAUCAGCGAGGAGGGAGACUUUUCCUUCCCAUUAGCUAGUCUUCGUGAGGAUCUCAUUAUCAAACUUCAGGAUUCUGAUGGGAAUGAAAUAUCUCGUAUAGGGUUUCAUACGAAGUCAAUAGUUGAGAAAGGUGUUUGGGAAGACAUCUUUGCCCUUGGGCAUGGACACCUGCGUCUGAAGCUGCAGUUCAUCCUCAAUGAUGAAGACCGUGACCGGAUUCGUAUGAUGAGACAAUCUGCGUUGAAGAAGAAACAUGAUGAGCUUCUCAGUAGCAGUCCCAGGGGUUCAGAAAGUGAUAGUGCUUCUGUUGGCAAUGCUGCACUAGCCUUCAGGAAUGAUGAGGUCUCAGAAUCUCCAAAAAGACACCUACAACUUGAAGCCGUUUCUCAAGGGGAAAAACCUGUUGGUUUCCGAACUGAGAAAAAAAAACCGGCCCUAACAUUAUAUUGGGGGCUGAGCCUGAUCUAAUGCAGCUACACCCAGUUAAGGAUUUGAUUACUUUACAAUGUUUUCUCUAUUGUGCUGAUGAAAAGCCAUUGGAAAAAGUACUAUUGUUUGCUUAAUGCUCAUUUCGGAUGUUUUAGAACGGCGCAGUUCAAUAUAAGGAGAUCUCAUCAAACAAACCGCUGUCAGAAGCAUUUGAUCCUACUAAAUUAAAAGAAAAGGGUUUAACUAAGAAGCCUGGUUUUGGUUCAGCACUUUCAAAAGAUCCUCAGAGAGCUAUAAAUUCAGAGGAAGUAGUAGCUAUUUCAUUUAGAAGCUCAAAUCAGAAUGAAGUUGCAGAGAAUAAUCUGAUACAGCCCAAUCCCAGCAAUGUGAGAAAAAUGAUUAGUGCCUUUGAAAUGCAAACUGGUCUAGCUCAGGUAUUGCAAGUGUUGUACGAUAUCAUCAAUGUAUAAUUGCAAUAUUUUGACAACUGGGGUUCACAUGGGACUUUUCUUAAACCAGGAUAUGAGAUCUCCCAUCAAAUCACCUUCAUCAGAUCACUGUUCAAGUACAAUUGAAACAAAAGCUUCUUCCAAGGCUAAGCACUCAGGGAAAGAGAAGGCUUGGAAUAAAGGGCCAGUGGGCUUGUCACAAGGAAAAUACAGAUGUAGCUCUACGGUAAGAGAGUUGAAACAAGCCCAGUUAUAUAAUGGAGAAAACAGAGAGCGACUUAAUUCACUUAGUCAUGGGAAGGAGUUACUGAACAAGCAAACAAAUUCAAAUGCCAGGAAUAAAUUCAAACUAUCACAUAAAUCAGAUAGAGAGGAAGAUAAAUAUAGCAAAGAUUUUGUGAGAACAUUUGCAUUUGAGGCAGUUACUUCAGGGAAGAUGCCUGAGAAGAUUUCGGAUAUAUAUCAUCCUAGCAAUCUGUUUGAUUCCAGGAAAGAUUCUAGAAGCAACCCAAACAAAGGAGUAAAAAGGGGAGAUGCCUUGAAAAGUUCUCGUGAAUUAUGUGUCAACAGGGA